UCACCUCCCAGUCCCCCAGUCAAAGUAUAUCCUAACCUUUACCCAUCAACUCAGCCGUGAGGACAAGAACUCUGUUAUGAGUUGCUAAAACCAUGGUGAAAUGUUGUUCGGCCAUUGGAUGUGCUUCUCGCUGUUUGCCAAAUUCCAAGUUAAAAGGACUGACAUUUCAUGUAUUCCCCACAGAUGAAAACAUCAAAAGAAAGUGGGUAUUAGCGAUGAAAAGACUUGAUGUGAAUGCUGCAGGCAUUUGGGAGCCUAAAAAAGGAGAUGUUUUGUGUUCGAGACACUUUAAGAAGACAGAUUUUGACAGAAGUGCUCCAAAUAUUAAAUUAAAACCUGGAGUCAUCCCUUCUAUCUUUGAUUCCCCAUAUCACUUACAGGAAAAAAGAGAAAAGCUUCACUAUAGAAAGAACUUCACCAUCAAAACCCUACCAGUCACAAAUCACAAUCAUCAGGUUGGUGCUCCAUCAUAUACUGAAGAAUUCCAAUCCCAAUUCAUUUUUGAACAUAGCUACAGUGUAAUGGACAGUCCAAAGAAACUUAAGCAUAAAUUAGAUCAUGUGAUCUGUGAGCUGGAAAAUACCAAGGAAAGUCUACGGAAUGUUUUAGACAGAGAAAAACAUUUCCAAAAUUCAUUGAGAAAAACAAUCAGGGAAUUAAAGGAAGAAUGUCUGAUCAGCCAAGAAACAGCAAAUAGACUGGACGCUUUCUGUUGGGAAUGUCCAGAGAGCAUGAAAUAAGACGGUACUCUGAAAGAAUUUCAUGUCUGGUUUACCAACAGUUGGUAUUCACCCAGCUUCUUAGAAAAUGGCUGUCACAUACUGUCAUCACUAACACCAUUGAAAGCUCUUCUUUGGAUCCUCUGGAGCAUUAUGAAUUAUAGUUACCCAAAGACUCCUUUGAAGAUGUCUAAAAAUACAUGGUAGUUACCAGUUUUUUCUG